CCGGGCUGCGAGCGCGGCGCGCGCACAGGCAGACCGACGGACCGACGGACUGGCUGCCAGUCAGACAGACUGGGCAGUGCAGGGAGCUGGGACGCGGCUGGACAGCGAUAUGGCCGGCCACACGCAGCCUCCGAGCGGGCGCGAGAACCCCGGCCCUGCGCCCUCGCCCUCUCCCUGCCUGGAUCCCGGCCCCGGCGCCUCGGAGCGGGUGGCGCUCAAGAAGGAGAUCGGACUGGUGAGCGCCUGCACCAUCAUCAUCGGGAACAUCAUCGGCUCGGGCAUCUUCAUCUCCCCCAAGGGGGUCCUGGAGCACUCAGGCUCAGUGGGUCUGGCCCUCUUCGUCUGGGUCUUGGGUGGGGGCGUCACUGCCCUGGGCUCCCUCUGCUACGCGGAGCUGGGAGUCGCCAUCCCCAAAUCCGGCGGAGACUACGCCUAUGUCACCGAGAUCUUUGGGGGCCUGGCUGGUUUCCUGCUGCUCUGGAGUGCCGUCCUCAUCAUGUACCCCACCAGCCUGGCUGUCAUCUCCAUGACCUUCUCCAACUACGUGCUACAGCCCGUGUUCCCCAACUGCAUCCCCCCUGCCGCUGCCUCCCGUGCACUCUCCAUGGCCUGCCUGAUGCUCCUGACGUGGGUAAACAGCUCCAGUGUUCGCUGGGCCACUCGAAUCCAGGACAUCUUCACCGGCGGGAAGCUGCUGGCUCUGUCGCUCAUCAUUGGUGUGGGCUUUGUCCAGAUCUUCCAAGGGCACUUUGAAGAGUUGAUGCCCAGCAAUGCCUUUGACUUCUGGAUGUCACCCUCCGUGGGUCACCUGGCCCUGGCCUUCCUCCAGGGCUCCUUUGCCUUCAGUGGCUGGAACUUCCUCAACUAUGUCACCGAGGAGCUGGUUGACCCUCGAAAGAACCUACCUCGUGCCAUCUUCAUCUCCAUCCCACUGGUGACCUUCGUGUACACCUUCACCAAUGUGGCCUACUUCACUGCCAUGUCCCCCCAGGAGCUGCUGGCCUCUAAUGCAGUGGCUGUGACUGUGCUUCUCUGGAGCCCGAGAGGGGCACCUGCCCAGUCUGCUGGCCAUGAUCCAUGUCAGGCACUGCACCCCUAUCCCUGCCCUCCUCGUCUGCUGUGGGGCCACAGCGGUCAUCAUGCUUGUGGGAGACACGUACACGCUCAUCAACUACGUGUCCUUCAUCAACUACCUCUGCUAUGGCGUCACCAUCCUGGGCCUGCUCGUGCUGCGCUGCAAGCGGCCGGCGCUCCACAGGCCCAUCAAGGUGAACCUCCUCGUCCCCACGGCGUACUUGGUCUUCUGGGCGUUCCUGCUGGUCUUCAGCUUCCUCUCAGAGCCCACGGUGUGCGGGGUGGGCGUCAUCAUCAUCCUCACGGGGGUGCCCGUUUUCUUCCUGGGCGUGUUCUGGAGAAGCAAACCAAAGUGUGUGCACAAACUCACAGAGUCAAUGACACGCUGGGGCCAGGAGCUGUGUUUCGUGGUCUACCCCCAGGGUGCCCCAGAGGAGGAGGAAUAUGGCCCCUGCCAGCCCUCCCCGCUGCCUGCCGUGGACAAGCCCUUGAAGACACAAUGAGACAGUUUUGGACCUUGAAGCAGCUGUUUCUGUUUACAUGUUGUUUAUCAAGGAGAUGUUUUUGUAACAGAGUUUUCUUUUUUCCUGGAAAAAAAGAUCUGAGACUUAGAGGCCUAUGAUAAGGAGGCCCUGAAGAUGUGGACUGGGUUCCCUAUCAGUGCUGCCCUGCUAACUUUUCCUGAAAAGGUCUGAAUAAAACAGGGCUGGUGGUGUGCUAGACUCAGGUCCUGAGUUCCUGGUGGGCAUAACUAGCAAGGGGUAUGCAUGGUGCCACUGGGGAAGGUGCCCCAGCGGGCUCUGAAGGAGGCCUUUGGCACCUGGGGGCUCUGCCACUUGAGCCAGGCACUCCCUCUGCCUUGUGAGGUCCAGAGCCUCCCCUGCCCCAAAGGGACAUUGAGGACUGGGAAGCAGCAAGGUGUGCCCUCUCCAGGCCCCACAAUGCCAGCCCCAGGCUUAGCCACCCACAAAAAUCCAGGGAUUCCUGCCAGAACUGCCUUUCUGUCUAUAAAUUCCCAUGGACUUCAGAGCCCACAGCAUCACCCUGGUUUACAUGGGGGAAAACAGGCCCUGAGACAGGAUGGGAUGAUCUGUCAGCAUUGUCAGUUGGUACUUGGCCUCUGUCCUCUGAGAAAGCAUCAAGCAGCAUCUCCCAGGGACCUCGGGGCCUGCAAGAGACCCAGGGGCUUCCUCUACCACAUACCCACAUUCUCAGCCCUGCCUUUAUGCCCAGAAGACUGAUGUCUCAGCCAGAGGGCAAAGGGCAUCAGCCUGGCCAGGCCCAUGCUGAUACAACAAGAUGGGGUGUGGAAGCCUCCUAGCUUCUCUGGGGCCUGCUGGGAGGACGGAGGAGGGCUCGGCACCAACAGAGGGCCCAGCAUGGGCUAGAUGGGCUGCGUCCCACAUAGCUGUGGCUCUGCUCAGUCCUGGCACAGCUCUGGUGCCAACAGGAUGAGUGAAGCCAGAAGCCACAGAAAACACUCGAGAGCCCUGCCCUGGCCCUCCUGAUUCUCUGGAAAUGGAUUCCCAGGAGGUGGGAGAGGUAGAAGUGAGACCCAGUGUACCUGUGCUGGGACCCUGCAAGGGGCUUGUCC